AUGGAAAAAAAUUCAUAAAAAAAAAUGGAAAAUUAAAUUGAUGAUGAAGGUGCAUUAGGCUUAGGUUCUGCUUUAACAAAUUGUAUUAAUCUCUCAAAUUUGACACUUAACCUUGGAAAUAAUUAAAUUGGUGUAAUUGGUGCAAUUGGAGCAUCAGGCUUAGGUUCUGCUUUAGCAAAUUGCAUUAAUCUCUCAAAUUUGACACUUUGCCUUGAUAGAAAUUAAAUUGGUGAUAAAGGUGCAUCAGGCUUAGGUUCUGCUUUAGCAAAUUGCAUUAAUCUCUCAAAUUUGACACUUGAACUUAGGGGAAAUUAAAUUGGUGCAAUGGGUGCAUCAGACUUAGGUUCUGCUUUAGCAAAUUGCAUUAAUCUCUCAAAUUUGGAACUUUACCUUCUAAACAAUUAAAUUGGUGAUGAAGGUGCAUCAGGCUUAGGUUCUGCUUUAGCAAAUUGCAUUAAUCUCUCAAAUUUGACACUUUACCUUAAUGGAAAUUAAAUUGGUGAUAAAGGUGCAUCAGGCUUAGGUUCUGCUUUAGCAAAUUGCAUUAAUCUCUCAAAUUUGACACUUUGCCUUGGUGGAAAUUAAAUUGGUGCAAUGGGUGCAUCAGACUUAGGUUCUGCUUUAGCAAAAUGCAUUAAUCUCUCAAAUUUGACACUUGACCUUAAUAGAAAUUAAAUUGGUGAUAAAGGUGCAUCAGGCUUAGGUUCUGUUUUAGCAAAUUGCAUUAAUCUCUCAAAUUUGACACUUAACUUUGGUGGAAAUUAAAUUGGUGCAAUGGGUGCAUCAGACUUAGGUUCUGCUUUAGCAAAUUGCAUUAAUCUCUCAAAUUUGACACUUUGGCUUGGGUAAAAACAGUUUAUUUGUUUUGGAUUGUGA